UAUCGUGUACGUGACAAUGCACGCGUUUGAUGUCAAAUGAUAAGAUAUUAAUCUUGAUAUAUUUUUAUAAAUUUAAUUCACAAUGUGUGCGUGCCGCAUCACUCUCGUUUUAUUACUAAUACAAAAGACUGAGAUAUACAUAUCGAGUAAAAAGUAAAAAGUUGUUUACUUCUUCGAUCUUCAACAAGUGACCGAAAUUGCGUGAAGAAAUUUCUAAAUUAAAAUAAUUAUAUUUUAUUUUGGAUUCCGUAAUAGCUGAUGGCUGUGAUCAAUCCCGUUGUUUUCCAGGAAAGGAAUUGUCCUAAUAAUCUCAUAAAAUUUCGGGGUCCGUUUGUGUGGCGCUUGGUUGUGGCGCAAGGUCGAAGAAACUGGUACGCCGGCCGCUGUUGAGGCUCCUCCGCUCGAUGUGGGUCAUCGUCUAACUGUUCUACGUACCGGUUCUCCGCCCCUGACUCUUUGAGCAGCGAACGGACUCCUACACGAUGAUGUCCAUAUCCUGCAGCUACAUGUUACGUGGUACGGUAACACUAGCGUGAUCACGAGAGCUUAACAGUGCAUCAUAUGUAAGAGAUGCGGAGACUCCUGUGGAUGCUGCUCGCUGCUCUGGCAUGCGUGUCAGGCGAAUAUUUGAUGGGCGGCCACCUGGACAACAAUGCCGGAUCGAAGAGUCCACGUAAUACACAUCUGGACGAUCAGGAUCUCGUGGCGGAGGAGAGCACCGUUGCCGCUGUCGCUGUCGCUGACGCUAGCGCAAAGUCCUCAGCUUUGAGCGACGGCGAGGGGGACGCUCCGCGUUACCAUAUUCCGUAUUCUUUCGCUUUCAACGGAGGCAAGCCGUUCUCCUUGGAGAAGGACCCGAUAACUGGCAAAAUCGACUUCGAAAAGACGCCGCUCGUCAAACCUCUCAACCACACCGACGGUCAUCGCGAGGGACAAGAUGAUUCGGAAGACGGAGACGGCGGCAGGGAGGACGCGGGGCAGGAAAGGACGAAGAGCAAAGAUCAUGACGACGUCCGUCGCAACGAGAUCACGCAGUCGCACUACUUCCUGCCCACUCACUAUACCUCGGACAAAUACCAGUACCCGUUGAUCUCGAGCUCGUACGCGAACACGAAGGUGCAGAGCGGCGCCAACAGCUACAAUCACAGACUCGACGCCGAGAAUGAUGUCUUGUACGCGCGUCCCACUAGGAAUCCCUACUUGUCGAUGAUGAAAACGAGCACGCACAAGACUACGACUGCCGGUGAUUUGAACGCGAGAUGGACCACGAGCCCGCCGACGAUCACGACCUCCGCGCCGUCGACGACCGCGAACACGCGGGCCACCAAAACGCCCGCGAUAACCACGUGGAAACCGACCAGCACGCCGAUCGCGUUCCACGCGAUCGACCGCACGGUCGCCGAGAUGGAGAACGAGAAGAAUCUUCUGCCGAUAGAGAAAUUGCACGCCUCCGGUCAAGCGGCAUCGCAGCGAAAUCAGAGCCACGUGCCGACGCGGCCGCCGAGCGACGGCACGACGACGCAGAAGGCGCAACCGAGUCUCGAUAACUUCGUCGUGUCUCACGCGAGACCCGAGACGAAACCACCGGCGCAAACCGACGAAUAUUCCUACGAUAUUUACGACUUGUCGAGCAGCGAGGAGGAGGACAAGGGCGACGGCGAUGGCGACAGCAGCGACGACAGCAAAGUGAUUGAUUACUUCUUACCGUUCCAAGAACUGUUGAAGGAGAACGUUACGUCGACAUCCUCCACAACUAGUUCCCGUCCGACGGCGUCGACGACUACAACUACAACCACGACUACGACAACUGUCGCGUCGUCAACUGGAUCUACAGCAUCGACAACUACCACGGCUGCGCCGCAGUUACCCUCGCGAUCCUCCACGCCGCCUGCGCCUCAUGAAAACGUGGGCAAGCCACUGCAAUUCUCGACGAUACCGCAAUAUCCGGCCGCUUCUUUGCACAACGAUCGAAGACCGAGCUUACCGGAGCGUCACGACGGCAUAAUCAAUCACGUAUACAGACCGGGUCCGAUGAUCAAACCGGAGGCGGACAGGAUCGGAGUGGGGAUUCCGAUAGAAAGUACGAGUAACAUCGUAAUCCCGCCCGAUCAAAAUACCGUGUCCUUCGUCCUGGGAAAUCGUCAGAAUGUCGAGGGCAGCUACCACUCGGUCGGAACGGCCGUCGGCGAGAAUCUUUUCGGCACUUCGGCCGACAUCUCGUUCUGGCCGCUCCGCAACGAUCAGCACGGCUCGGUGAGCGAAGAGUACGAGCACUCGCCGGUCACAAAGCCGAGCGUCACGCAGAAAUGGCCCUCGCCUACAUCCGGCGCCCUGAAGGGCAGCAGCGAGCUCGAUCCGACAAGGUCUCCGAAUCCCGCUGUCCCUCCCGCGGACACAGCGCAGUACAGUCCGCAGGGAAACAAGGAUUCCGACUACGUCAUCUUUCCGGACGACGAGACGAAGAACAAGGACGCGUUGACGGAGGAGCACGUCGUGAUCAUAAACGAAGCGGACGGCAGCAUUCGCGAAUUGCCGCCCAAGACGACGGCGACGGCGAACGGCACGAAGCUCGCUUUUCCCACCGUUGGCGAGGAUCUGCCGCAGCUCGCCCAGGAUCUAAUGCCGCCCGCGGAGAGCACGAGGCCGCCGCAGUAUUACUAUCACUAUCAGUACGACACCUCGCGCCCGGAUCACCCGAGGCCGAGACUGCCGUUGCCGUCGCGCGUCAAGCCGCACCCGGGGCUGCCGGUGUCGCCGCUGGACCCGGCGCUGAGGAAACGCCCGUACUCGCCGGACACGAAGCUGCCCAACAUCCUGCCGCAGUUCCGUCCCAACGCGAAGGCGUCGCACGGCCAUCGCGGUCCGGACGCGAUCGGCACGAUGUCGGCCGGUCCGCCGACGAGGAUCAGACAGCCGGUGCAGAGUCAUCCGCCGUUGCCGGGUCAUCCGGCGUCGCGCAGGCCCUUCCCGCCGGCGCCUUCGUAUCUUCAGCGCUUAAAUCCGCCGCCGCCGCCGAUUCACGCGGUCCGACUGCCAUUCGGCGCGCCGACGUCGAAGGUGGACGGCGUCGUUCCGUCUCACGAAACGGAACCGGCGAUACGCAGAUUCGUAUCCCCCGCACGUCCUCCGCACGGAGCGCCGCCCGUGAUUUCGCACGGCAAUCCGGAGGAGAACAUGCUGUCGAACAGAUUAUUCAGUCACGGUCCCGAGGAGCGCAACGGUGGCGUCGAGGGUGAAAACCGGAAGGAGGACCGGGUGAAGAGCGAGCUCGAGCAGCUCGAGAACUCGGAGAGAUAUCCGGAGGAGCCGCCGAUGACGCCGCCGAGGCCGCCGCUCUUCCCGAAACUCAGAACGGCGGAUUCGCCGCGCGUCACGACUCUGCAGAUGCUGCAGCAUCACGGCGAGCUCAACGACGAGAGCGAAGAAGCCGCCCAAGCAGCGGAAACUGUGCUAACGCACGAAAUGGAGCGCAGAAAGUCGGACGAUCACGAUUCGCCGGAGACGGCCGAGCAGCCCGUGUACGUUGUGUAUCCGGUUAACACCGCGGUGAACAUAGAUCCGGAUGAUUCCAGCGAGAAGGACGGUAGCGUCGUCGUUGGCACGCGAGGUCCUCAGCGACCGUUGCCACCCGACACGCUGCUCCAGGACGAGCGGGAGGAGACGCACGCUAUUUACAACGGCAAACCGGUUGCCGCAGACUUCCCGUAUCUCCUGGAACGCCCCGAUCCGUCGUCCGUCUUCCCCGCCGCCGGUGUGAAGGAGACGCCGGUGUUGGUGCCCAGCGAACAGCGGCAGCAAGUUUCCGCCGCGGCGGCGGCGGCGGCGAGCGAGCGGGAGAAGAUCGAGCAGGACGUGAACGAGCAGGUGAACGUGAUUCCGUACUUGCAGGAUCAGUUCUUGCCGUAUCGGAAGAAGAACGACGCGGCGAUCUCCGUGACGCUGCAUCGCAACGCGCCGACCGCGACGUCGACGCCGACCGCGCCGACGUCCACCUCGACGCCGAUCGCCUACGUUUACACGCCGACGCAAGCGGCGCAUCGUCCUGAUUACGACGACCUGGAGAACGACGCGAACGCUGCCGUCGACGCGAAGCAGACGGUGCUGCUGCCGUCUCAACAGCCGUCCAGCUCGUCCAGCUCGGCACCGGCGCCGCAAAACUUUAUGGCGCCGUUCGUGGCGAGCAUAAGCGCCGAGGCGCCCAGCAAGAACGGCUGGAGCGUCGUCGUCGUCGAUCCGCCCGCGGGAAUAGAGAGGAAAUCGAACGGCGACGGCGACGGCGAUCCGGACGCCGAUACGCAGACCGAGAAGAACGAGUUCGACGCCGAUAACUUCAAGCCGCAGCUCUUCGGCGGAUUCAAACCGAUCUAUCAGUUUCCCACGGAGGACACGGAGCAGCGCGACGUCGCCGAGCAAACCGACACCGAACUGAACAUGCCGAGACACGCCAAGAAGUUGCCGUCUGCGCCCGCUAAAAGAUAAACUUACGAAAGAUAUUAAAAACGUUCGUUUGUUUCCUUUCGAGUCUUGCUGUCUCGACAUUUCGCUCGCGCUUAUCAUUACCCUUCUCACGUAAAUGUAAACGAAAGCAUCGUAGGAAAGCGAGAGCGAAAUGUGCACACGUAACGAAGACAAUGAAAAGCGAAAUGUCCUUGCAGCGUGCUAGAUGGAAAGAUUCGUAGUAGAAUCAGCUCGAACGACGAAAGACUGUCCUAUCCAUUUUUUUUCACGUUUAUUAUAUAAGAAACGUCGCGAUAUGAAGUAGAGUCGAACUUUCACCAUUUUUUUUCUCAUGUAUGCAUGCAGAAGUUAGAGCGUCCGACACUUAUUCAUAUCUUAAUUUUUUUUUUUUUUUUAAUUAUAAGGGAAGAGAAAGAUAGGAAAACUAUUAAU